AUGUCAGAACGUAAAGUCCUCAGCAAAUACUACCCCCCCGACUUCGACCCCUCCAAAAUAACCCGCACCCGUGGCCCAAAGCAAGCCGGCCCCAAAGUCCAAACCGUCCGCCUCAUGGCCCCCUUCUCCAUGAAAUGCACCUCGUGCGGCGAAUUCAUCUACAAAGGGCGCAAAUUCAACGCACGCAAAGAAACCACUGAUGAGAAGUACUACCAAAUCGCCAUCUUCCGGUUCUACAUCCGCUGCACGAGAUGCUCGGCUGAGAUCACCUUCAAGACGGAUCCCAAGAACAUGGACUAUGAGUGUGAGAGAGGCGCAAAGAGGAAUUUCGAGCCGUGGAGAGAAGCGAAGUUGGCAGAGGAGACGGAGGAAGAGAGGCUAGAUCGCUUAGAGAGGGAGGAAGCGGAGAGGGACGCGAUGAAAGAGUUGGAGACCAAGGUGCUAGAUGCGAAGCAGGAAAUGGCUAUUGCCGAUGCGUUGGACGAGAUUCGGUCGAGAAAUGCGAGGAUUGAACGAGCGGAAAAGGAGGGAAAGAAGGCGGAAGUUACAGUUGUUGAUGUUGAUGAGGCGCGGAGGCGACAGGAGGAGGAAGAUGCAGAGGCAGCGAGGAAGGCGUUUGAGGGGCGGAGUAUGCCAGAUAUUGGCGAGGAGGAAAUAGCAGAGGAGGAAAUGGAUGACGCGCCUGCGGAAGUUCCCGUGGUGGCUUUCACGAAGAAGCCAAAGGAGAAGAAGGACUUCGGUGCUGCCUUGGGUAUCAAAAAGAAGGACUCUGGUGCGGUGUUGGGUAUCAACAAGGCUCCCGUACCCGCGCCAACGCUGUCGGCCAAGCCACCAGCACCUGUUUCGAAUGAGCUGUUGGCGGGUUAUGACAGCGAUGACGAUUGA